AUGGACUGCACCACAGAUGGAGAUUCUGAUGUUGAAGCUUAUGGGGCCGGCACUUAUGAGCUCCUGGUAUCAGGAGAUUUAAAAGUGAUGAGUGAUGAAGGCUCGUACCGAUGCCCCUUUUGUUCAGAUGCAAAGAAGGGCUACAAUUUACAUGAUCUGCUGCAGCAUGCCUCUGGUGUGGGGGCUGCACAUGACCGGGAAGCGGAAGAGAAGUCGGAUCAUCGUGCUCUUUUAAAGCAUUUGAAGGGUAAGGUUUCUGAAUCACCUGGCUCAGUGUUCCAGCCAACGCUUACGGAUCCGCAGGCUCCCCAACAUAACAGAGACGAGCAGUUUGUCUGGCCUUGGAUGGGUAUCCUAGUGAAUAUGCCAAAUGAGUACUUUGGCAAAAGUGCAAACCGGCUGAAGGAGCAUUUCUCAUGUUUUCAUCCAGUGAAGGUGCAUCCUGUGUAUAACAAAGGUAGUCCCACACGUAAUGCUAUUAUUGAGUUUGGGAAGGACUGGAGUGGUUUUAGGAAUGCACGGGCCUUUGAGAGUCAUUUUGCGAUGAAAGGGUAUGGCAAAAAUUACUGGAAAGAAAUGAAGUGUGGAGGUACAGAGCCUGUUGGGUGGGUGGCGAGGGCUGAUGAUUACAAUUCUCUAGGGGCAAUAGGUGAAAUUCUUAGAAAAAAUGGUGAUCUGAAAACGUUCAGUGAUAUUGAGAAUGAAGGAACAAAUAAAACCGACAAACUUUUGGCUAAUUUAGCAUAUCAAGUUAGAGAAAAGGAGAUGCAUUUAGAGGAACUUGAGUGUGAGUACAAUAAGAGAGCUGCAUCACUUGACCUAAUGAUGGAGAAGAGGGAACAACUACUGCAGUCGUACACUCAAGAAAUCAUGAACAUGCGACAGCUUUCUCAGAAAAAUACACAAAGAGUUGUUGACGAGAACCAGAAGCUACGGUCUGAUCUCCAGGGGAUGAUGGAUGAGCUUGAUGCAAGAAGCAAACAAAUCAAGGAGUUGGCUGCACGGACUGGCAGGGACCUUGAGCUGGAGAAACAGAAGAAUGCAAUGAAAGCCAAUCAUCUUAGGUUGGCCGCAUUGGAGCAGCAAAAAGCUGCUGAAAAUGUUGUGAAACUUCUGGAAGAACAAGAGAGAGAGAAAGCAGCUGCUCUAGAAAAGCUUAGGAGGUUGAAUGUACAGAUGGACACGAAGCAUAAUCUUGAAUUGGAAAUAAAGCAUUUGAUGGGAAAAUUGCAAGUGAUGGAGAUCAAACCAGGUGCUGAAGAUUCCGAAUCCAGGAACAGAAUUGCUGAACUGAGAGAGGAGCUCAAUGACAAGAUCGAUGAACUGAAGGACAUGCAGAGCUACAACCAAGCUUUAAUUGAUAAUGAAAGCAAGUAUAGGGAUGAGUUGCGAGAAGCUCGAGAAGCGCUGGUAGAAGCUCUGCAGGUUUUGCCUGGCACCACAAUGUGCCAGACGCAGAUAGGCAUCAAGAGGAUUGGUGAGCUUGACCCCAAAGCGUUUCUAAACAUGUGCAAGCGAAAAUUUCCAGAAGAGGAUGCAGAAGCUGAAAGCGCCAUUCUUUGUUCCAAGUGGCAGAAUGAAAUUAACAAUCCAGAAUGGCGCCCUUUCAAGGUUGUUAUGGUCAACGGAAAAGAGUCGAAAGUACUCAGGGAGGACGACGAGAAGCUUCAAGAACUGAAGGAGUACGGUGAGGAACCCUAUGCUGCGGUAAUAAAGGUGCUGAUCGAGCUGAAUGGCAGUGGGAGGAAUCCUUCCUUGGAGCUGUGGAACUAUGAGGAGGGCCGGAAGGCGCAGAUGAAGGAAGCAGUUCAGCAUGCUCUGGAGCUGUGGAAGGCAAGCAAGGCGAAGGGCAUGACAAGGCGCUGAGCUCGACACAUCGGUUUCAUCCUGAGUUAAUGGACACCCUAGCUGUUAGACUAAUGCAGUCCUAUAGACUGAUUGGAUCCUUAUUUAUAUGAGGUACAACUA